UCCUGCGCUUGUCGUCCGUUCCAACCUCCGGCUCCCAAACCCUGCGCACUUCACUUCCCUUCCAUCCCUCCCUCCCUCCCUCCCUCACCACUGCAUUCCGUGCCUCUGGCCUCGGGACGCCAUGGGGUGCUGCACCUCGUCGCAGAAGAAGGGCGCCGCGGCGGGGGACAUGAGGAAGGAGCCCGCGGAGAAGCCGUCCCAGAUCGCGCCGGCCGCCUCGCCAUCGCCCACGCCCUCGCCCUCAGCUGAGAUGUCAAGAUUAGAGACCAGUCAGGGGGCCGUGCGCACUAAGUUCAUCUCAAGCCCUGGUCCGCAUGCCGAUCGCCUAUCAUUCACCUACAAGGAGCUGAAUGCGGCGACAUUGGGCUUCCCACGAGAUCACUUUCUGGGAGAGGGUGGGUUCGGAAAGGUUUAUAAAGGUGUUCUAGACGGCAACGAGGUUGCUAUAAAGAUUCUCAACCCCAAUGGAUUGCAAGGGAACAAAGAGUUCUGCACAGAAGUUAUGGUGUUGAACAGGAUGCAUCACCCGAAUCUCGUCAAGCUUGUUGGCUUCUGUGCUGAUGAUGACCAGAGGCUUCUAGUCUAUGAAUACAUGCCUCUGGGUUCAUUGGAAACUCAUAUUUUUGAUCUCCCCCCUGAUAAGAAACCUCUUGAUUGGAAUACAAGGAUGAAGAUACUUGCUGGGGCAGCUCAGGGCCUGAAGCAUUUGCAUGUUAUCUGCAACCCUCCUGUCAUAAACCGUGACGUGAAAUGCGCCAAUAUUUUGCUUGGCGAGGAAUAUCAUGCAAAGCUAGCCGACUUUGGCUUGGCAAAGCUAGGUCCGACUGGUGACGAUACUCAUGUUUCAACUAGAGUGAUGGGUACACCUGGGUAUUGUGCGCCGGAGUAUCUUGAGAGCGGUCAGUUGACUACCAAGUCAGAUGUUUACAGCUUUGGUGUUGUCAUACUGGAGGUUAUCACAGGAAGAAAAGCUUUAGAUCAGAGUCGAAUCAGAGCUGAGCGUAGCCUUGCUGAAUGGGCCACCCCUUUGAUCAAUAGGAGGGAUUUUGCAAUGUUGGCGGAUCCAACGCUUGGUAAUCAGUACAGCAUGACAUCAUUAUACCAGGUCCUUUCCGUUGCUCGAAUGUGCCUGAAUACAACAGCCAGCCAGAGACCUCAGAUUACAGACGUAGUUGCCGCUCUCGCUCACAUCUCAAAGUCCAGAAGAACGCGGCGACCAGCCCACCAGUAGUCAGCAGCUCAAGUUCACCAACCCGGGAAAGAUAUAUAGGAGGAACUAGUAGUAUAUCAUAGUCAUGGGGACACCAGUGCAAAGCAAUGUAGUGUUUCUGGCUUUGUUAUGAUGAUGAUGAUACUGUUAUAAGAAAGCUCUACUCCCCAUUCCGG